AUGUUUUUUUGUCAAAACUUAGAACACGAGAUUAGUUCAAUUAUCGGUUUUUGCCUUUAUCCUGAUUGUCAAGAACCUAAAUCACAAUUUUGUGUUAAUUGUUUAAUCAAUCCUCAGAAACAUUUAAAUUGUAGAAAUGACUGCAAGCCAUUUGAUAAAAUCGAUAUACUCCUAGAUUUAAUUAUAUAUAAGCUAGAUUAAAUGUUAGAAUAAGCUGACUGGAAGUUUCAAUAGUUUAAGUUAGAGUAUGAAAAAACAAUCAAAAUUAUUUUAAAAGAAUAGCAAAAGUUUUAGGAGAUAGCCAAAAACUUGUAAGUAUAAAAGUUCAAGGACUUUCUUGAUAAUAUUGGCAAAGUAAAGUUUUGGAAUACAAAUAUAAAAUCUACUUAAUUUGAUAAAGAAAUUAUUAAUCUCUGUAUUCAUAAUAUUUUACAAUUAGGGUUAAAACAAGGAAUCGAAUUAAUAAACUAAAAGGAAUACUAAAGUGCUUUAGUAAAAUUUGAGAAAGUUUUAUAAGAAGACGCAAAUAAUCAUUUGGCAAAAUUUUACUAAUGUAUAAUAAAAUAAAAAUAAGGUGUUACAUUAAUGUAAUAGAAUAACAAUUAUAAAUCCUUUUAAUUGUUAAAAGAAUUAUAAUUAGAAUAUCCAAAUUUUUAAGAAUAAGCUCUAAUCACUCUAUAGGAAAAAUUAAGAAUUAAAAGCAAUAAUAUAGCUACAUUGAUAUUAGAAGGUAACAUUUGCAAUAAUUAAAAGUAUAUUCUAUGACAAAAUUGGAUAACAGUAAUAUAAUCCUUAAAAAAGAUAUGGAUCAAAAAAUUAUGAUAUCUUGUGAUACUAUAUUAGGUUUAGAUAGAAAUAAUUGCUAUGCUUUAUGGAUGAAAAGUAUUAAAAAAAAUAAUUAAUAGUAAUUUCAUUAAUUGAAUAGUAAGAAUUGUAAUAAGCAAUUUUGAGUGUUGAAUAAGGUUUGAUGUUGAAUUCUAACAAUAGUCAUUUAAAUUAUUUAAAAGGUAAAUAAAACAUAAUAAUUAUUAGGUUUUGCACUAUAUAAACUAAAUUAUUUUAAAAAUGCUAUGGUAUUUUUAGAUAUAGCCAUUUCACUUGAUCGUAAUCAUGUUAAUGCCUAUUAUAAUAAAGGUUAUCUCCAUAAUUUAAUUUUAGGUCUUUGUUUAUAAAAUUUGAAAUAAUAUGAACAAGCAAUAAUUUGCUAUGAUUAAACUAUUUCAAUAGAUACCAAUUAUAUUAAUGCCUAUUAUAAUAAAGGUUUAUCUUCAAAAUUGAAUUUUAGGUAAUUGUUUAGACAAUUUGAAAUAAUAUGAACUAGCAAUAAUCUGCUAUGAUUAAACUAUUUCAAUAGAUAUCAAUUAUAUUAAUGCCUAUUAUAAUAAAGGUUUAUCUCUAUAAUAGAAUUUUAGGUAGUUGUUUAGACAAUUUGAAAUAAUAUGAACUAGCAAUAAUCUGCUAUGAUUAAACUAUUACAAUAGAUCCUAACUAUAUUAAUGCCUAUAAUAACAAAGGUUUAUCUCCAUAAUUGAAUUUUAGGUAGUUGUUUAUAUAAUCUGAAAUAAUAUGAAGAAGCAAUAAUCUGCUAUAAUAAAGCUAUUUCCAUAGAUCCCAAUUAUGUUAAUGCCUAUUAUAACAAAGGUUCAUCUCCUUAAUUGAAUUUUAGGUCUUUGUUUAUACAAUUUGAAAUAAAAUGAACAAGCUAUAAUAUGCUACGAUAAAGUUAUUUCAAUCGAUCAUAAUUACGUUAAUGCCUUUUAUAAAAAAGGUUUAUCUCCAUUAUAGAAUUUUAGGUAAUUGUUUAGACAAUUUGAAAUAAUAUGAACUAGCAAUAAUCUGCUAUGAUAAAACUAUUUCCAUAGAUCCCAAUCAAGUUUAAGCCUAUAAUAACAAAGGUUCAUCUUCAAAAUUGAAUUUUAGGUAAUUGUUUAGACAAUUUGAAAUAAUAUUAAGAAGCAAUAAUCUGCUAUGAUAAAGCUAUUUCAAUAGAUCCCAAUCAAGUUUAAGCCUAUAAUAACAAAGGUUCAUCUUCAAAAUUGAAUUUUAGGAAAUUGUUUAUACAGUUUGAAAUAAUACGAACAAGCAAUAAUCUGCUAUGAUAAAACUAUUUCAAUAGAUUCCAAUUAUAUUAAUGCCUAUUAUAAUAAAGGUUAUCUCCAUAAUUUAAUUUUAGGUCUUUGUUUAUAAAAUUUGAAAUAAUACGAACAAGCAAUAAUCUUCUAUGAUAAAGCUAUUUCAAUCGAUCCCAAUUAUGUAAAUGCCUAUUAUAAUAAAGGUAUUAUUUUAUUUUUAUUUUAGCAAAUUGCUUAUUAUUAUAGAACCAAAUCAUUUAAGCUACACAAAAUUAUCAAAUAGCAUUAUCUUUGAAUCAUCCUUUUUCGCAUAAAAUUUAAUAGAAAAUCAUCAAACUCAGAAACACCUCAUUAUUAUGA